GUAUACUAACUUCUUUCGGAGGCUGGAAACAUGGCGCUCCGCGCGCUGCCGCUGCUCUACGUGAACAUGGGCGGCGAGAUGCUCUACAUCCUGAGCCAGAGGCUCAAGGCGCAGCGGAUAGACGCGGACAAGGCGCAGCGAGUGAUGUCUGACAUCGUGGCGGCCAUGUUUGGAGGACGGCUGAUCGACGAGCUUUUCCGGCCUCAGCCGCUCUACUCUGCUCGGGCGCUGCGCUCGCUCUUCGAGAAGCUGACGCACACAUCCGUCAUGCGACUUAGUCCCGCUAGCAUGGACAAGCUGUACGACCUGAUGUGCAUGGUGGUUAAGUACCAGCUGUGGGCGUGCUCCAGUCCCCGCGACCUGCUGCCACUCACGCUCAAGCACCUAGAAGCGGCCGGACCAGGCGGAUCAGCCUGUCAUGUGGCUACGGCCGUCCAGAAGCAUCUGGAGCCCCUGGACUUGGCUAGCCUGCAGCGGGCACGCUAUUCCCUGCUCCGCUUCUACCAGGAUCUGCGUGUUCGGGUGUCGGUGCUGCUUCGAAGUGGCGCACAGCGGCCGAAUGGCCAACUUGCCGUACUUGCAACUCCACCAGCGGGAGGCCCGCGCCCAGGAAUGAUCAAGGAAUGGGCUCCGGGGGGCUUCCUGCUAUCCGAGAGGAGCUUCGUGGUUGGCGACAACGGAGAGGCCUCUGGCACUCGGCCAGCUUUGGGCACUAACAUGCAAGUGUAUUCUGGGACACCGUCGGUGUCGUCGCCAACGACUCCACCAAGCACGGGCGUGGCCGAGCUAGGACUCCUGCUGCGGCUUCUGGGACCCGACGACGAGGAGCCCGGACUCGCCAACCUCGCUCUCGACGAACAACUUCUCAAUUGA